ACGGCCCUACAGGUGUGGGGAAUGUGGGAAGAGCUUCACUGACAACUCCAACCUGAUCCGACACCAGCGUAUCCACACCAUGGAACGGCCCCACACGUGUGGGGAAUGUGGGAAGAGCUUCAGGCGAAAAUCCCACCUCUUCACCCACCAGCGCAUGCACACUGGGGAACGGCCCCACACGUGUGGAGAGUGUGGGAAGAGCUUCAAUGACAGCUCUAACCUCCAUGUGCACCGUCGCAUUCACACCGGGGAACGGCCCUACAAGUGUGUUGAGUGUGGGGAAAGCUUCAGGAUCAGCUCCAGCCUCCACACCCACCAGCUCAUCCACACCGGGGAACGGCCCUACAAGUGCUUGGAAUGUGGGAAGAGGUUUCAGACCAGCUCAGAUCUCCUGAAGCACAAACCGACACACACAGGGGAGUGGGCCUUCCACUGCACUGACUGCGGGAAGGGCUUCAACCGGAACUCCACCCUUGUCACCCACCGGCGCAUCCACACUGGAGAGAGGCCCUACAAGUGUGGGGAGUGUGGGAAGAGGUUUAAACGCAGCUCACAUGUCAUCCAGCACCAGCGGACACACACGGAUGAGAGGCCCUUCCGCUGCACCGACUGCGGGAAGGGCUUCAACAUGAACUCCAGCCUCAUCACCCACCGGCGCAUCCACACCGGGGAGAGGCCCUACAAGUGUGGGGAGUGUGGGAAGAGCUUCACCCAGAACUCUGACCUGAUCCGGCACCAGCACAUUCACACGGGGGAACGGCCCUACAAGUGUAGGGAAUGUGGGAAGAGCUUCAGGGACAGCUCCACCCUCCACAAACACAAGCACAUCCACACUGGGGAACGUCCCUACAUGUGUUGGGAAUGUGGAAAGAGCUUCAGUGACAGCUCCAACCUUCUCAGACACCAACUCAUCCACACUGGGGAACGGCCCUACACGUGUGGGGAAUGUGGGAAGAGGUUUCAGACCAGCUCACAUCUCCUCAGGCAUGAGCGGACACACACGGAUGAGAGGCCCUUCCGCUGCACCGACUGCGGGAAGGGCUUCAAGCACAACUCCACCCUCAUCACCCACCAGCGCAUCCACACCGGGGAGAGGCCCUACAAGUGUGGGGAGUGUGGGAAGAGCUUCACCCGCAGCUCUAACUUGACCCAACACCAACGGACCCACCAGUAAGAGAAGCCCCACCAGUGCCCCGACUGCAGGAAGAUCUUCGGCCGCUACUUCCACCCCGAAUGAAGCCCCUGAUGGGGAGGCAACCCCUGGAGUCCAGUGAUUGUCAGUCCAUCCCUUUCCACCACAA